AUGCCCGUUGUGCAAACCUCCUCAUGGCUCUACGGACAGCAGCAUCUCUUUACCUGUGUUUCCUGCUGGUCUGGAAAUGGCCUGGGUGCAGCGUCCUCCAGAGAAAGUAACCAACGGGGAAGAGUUCAACGUCUCGUACACGGUGACAGCCUCAGAUUCAUUCUACGAGUACGCAGUCAAGAACCAGAUUUUCCAGUUUGGAAACAAGGGGGAAUCUGUGGCCCGUGGAUUCCUGACGACGGUAAAAUUGUGACUCACACUGUUUCCAAGGCAGGAAAGAUGUCCCAGAAAUACUGGACUUCAAAGGUGGUGCUGGUACAUGUGGGAGUCACCUCCGUCAUUGCUCAUAUCAAAAUGGGACACAUGCACGCAGCACUGGAGUCCAAGGUGCUUGUUGUCAGUGCUCAAGUGUGCGGGGACGACGUCUGCGAGCUGGAGGAGAACUGCCUGAACUGUCCUGCAGACUGUGGCAUCUGCCCGAUGUCCAUCACUAUCAAAGUGGCCAUCGGGCUUCCAGUUGCUCUCUUUAGCAGCGGCUUCAUCCUAACCAUAGUGUGGCUCCAGUACCAGAAACGGAGGAUGCUUUGGGAUGAAAGCUGGAUCAUCACCUACAAGAGCAUAAUAUUUGGUAAAGUGUGCUGCACGGGCCUCUGCAGCACCAUCAGUUUGGAGCGCGUCAAAAGUAUGUCGACCAUCAGUCAAACAACUGAUAUGACCGUGUCCACCAGAAUCAACACUUCCUUCAUCCAGCCAGGCCUCUAUGACGGGAGGACGGUGGCAGUGAAACACAUCCAGAAUAAACAUUUUUCCCUCUCUAAAACCAUAAGGAAGGAGGUGAAAGAAGUUAGGCAACUGGAUCACCCCAAUCUAUGCAAGUUCAUUGGUGGUUCCAUUGAGGUCCCCUACAUCUGCAUCAUCACAGAGCACUGCCCGAAAGGAAGCCUGUCAGAUGUCCUGCUGAAUGAGGAAGUGCCCAUCAACUGGGGCUUCAGACUUUCCUUUGCCACGGACAUCACUCGCGGGAUGUCGUACCUCCACCAGCACAGGAUGUUUCAUGGUAGACUUCACUCCAGAAACUGUGUAAUUGAUGACCGCUGGGUGUGCAAAAUCUCAGGUAACAAAAGAAAUAACACAACUUCAGUUUGCAGUGUCAAAGCAUUUUGGUCUUUGUUAUAUUCCUGUUUUCAGCAAUCACACAUCUGUGAUAAGUCACUUAACAUCCUCAGUUUAAAUAACACUAUGAAAACUCCCCAUCUCCUUAUCAUUGCACUACUUCGCUCCUCCUUCACCAGCAGCAAUUUUGUUAUCAAGGCAAAGUGA